CUUCAACAUUGGAUCCUAAAAGCUAAAACCAUGGCAUGAUGCUAAUACGGAGGAAUUUGAUGGAUAAGCUAGGUCCGUUUCGUACGCGACGCAAAGUCUGGUUGCAGCCCAUAAAAUAUUUGUCUCAAAAGACCGAGAUUGAUAAGCCUGGAAAUGGCCAUGAUUUAAUCAUUACAGAUAAAUUCAGUCAGCUUAAAGACGAUUAUGCUCCUUCUAAGUAUCCUGUCGUGCUAUGUCAUGGAUUUAUGGGAUUCGAUACUUUGUCUUUCAUUGCAAAACCCAAGUUUUUAAAUCCAGUACAACGCAAAGUAGGUGAAAAAGUUGAAGAGGUUGCUGAAAACAUUGAAAACUUGGCUGGUAAUCUUCAUUUCAUAAAUCUAGAGUACUGGUAUGGGAUUAAAAGAGCACUAGAACUGAUCGGGACUAAAGUUUUCAUAGCCAAGGUUCCAGCUUUUGGCACAAUUGAAGAAAGAGCAAUUCAUUUGGAGAAAUUCAUUGAUCAAAAAUGUGAAGAACUACGCCAAAGUGAAAGCAAGGCUUCGAUUUACAAUAAAAAGACUGAUAACACGAAGAAUAAUGAGUCGUUUCAAACUGCUAAUAAGCCGAUUAAACUAAACCUAGUAAGCCAUUCUAUGGGAGGCCUUGACGCAAGAUAUUUAAUUUCCAAAUUACAGCAUAAGUCCCAGAAUUCAAAUUAUAAAGUAGUCUCGCUAACUACAGUAGCAACUCCACAUCAUGGAUCUGAAUGUGCCGACUUUUUCAUGGAUACUAUCAAGCCAUUAAGUUUGGCUUAUCCAAAAUGUAUCGAACAAUUAACUACGUCAUACUUGAAAGAAUUCAAUCAGCAAGUUAAAGAUGAUCCCCAUGUAGAAUAUUUCUCAUAUGGGGCUAGAAUGAAACCCAAAUGGUUUAAUGUAUUCACGCCUACAUGGGCCAUAAUAAAAUCCAGAAUAGGGGGGCAAGGGUCGUAUGACAAUGAUGGACUAGUCAGUGUUGAGAGUUCGAAAUGGGGGGAAUACCUAGGAACUCUUGAUAAUGUUGACCAUUUAGAUUUAAUAAAUUGGACGAAUAAACUAAGAAAAGCUGUCGACGAAAAAGUUUUCAAUUCAAAACCAAACUUUAACCCAGUUGCAUUAUACUUAGAUUUAAUAGACAAUUUAAACAAAAGAGGCUUUUAAUUAUAUUUAUAUAUUCA